GUAGGUUUGCAGUCAGUUUAAGAGAACAUUCGUAACGUCCCACUUCACAGAUACUUAAUUAAUGGCUUUGUUACCACAGCUUUUUAUCGUCAUUAUGGCUUUUGAGGGUUUCACUGAAGGAGUUGGUGUGUUGCCUGAUGGUCCUCUGAUUGCAGCUGUGGGAGAGACGGUAAAGUUCAAUACAACACUGACUCCUACAGGACCACCAUUUCCGACUGCAACCUGGAUUUUAAAUGACUCUAUCAUUAUAAUAAGCUCAACUAAUAUAAAUGAUAAUGGGCCAGAGUAUGAAGGCAGGGUCACUCUCUUCCCAUCUACUGGGUCUUUGGAGCUCAGGAAUCUUGUUCUGGAUGACAGUGGAGCAUACUCAGUUACCAUUGUACCAGGUGGUGCAGGGCGUACAAUGCUGGUGAUGUAUGAGAAAGUCUCCAGUGUGUUGGUAACUUCCAGCAGCACAGACUUGGUUGAGUUCAGUGGUUCUGUCUCUCUGUCCUGCUCUGCCUCUGGAUCCUCUCUCUCUUUCCUCUGGUUUAACGGCAGCUCUGAGGUUACAGCAAGUGACAGAGUUCAGCUCACUGAUGGAGGCUCCAGUCUGACUAUAAUCAAUGUGACCCGCUCUGACCAGGGACCAUUCAAGUGUCGUGUUUCCAAUCCUGUCAGUACUAGUACCAGUGAUCCAGUAAACCUCUCCAUCAGCUAUGGCCCAGAAAAUAUACAUUUGAUCUUAUCUCCAUCACAAGAAUACUUUGCUGUGGGGUCAGACAUCAGCCUCACCUGCUCAGUUGAAUCCAGACCUCUUGCUCAGUUUAAGUGGUUUCUGAAUGGAGAUCAGCUGCCUGAUAGUGGAUCAGAGCUCAGACUGAUGAAUGUACAGAUGAGUCAGAGUGGAAACUACAGCUGUCAGGCCUUUAACAGCAAAACUCUGAGAUCUCAAACAUCUCAUCCUUCAGCCAUCACUGUGCUGGAGAAAAUAUCAGGCACUUCUGUCAAACCAUCACCAAACCUGCCAGUUGAGGGGACGUCUGUCAACUUAACCUGUGAAGCUGUUGGCCCAGUCUUUACCAGAAAGUGGAUGAAGAAUAACUCUGAUCUGACCCCGACUGACAACAUGAUCCUUUCUGACAAUAACAGAGUGUUGACCUUUAACUCUGUGAAUAGGAAAGACAAUGGAGAAUAUUUCUGUCAAACCAGCAACUCCUUUAGCAGUGAUGGAGCUAAAUACAUCAUGAUUGUUAAUUAUGGACCAGAAAAAGUUCAGCUUAAUGGUCCAAAUAAGACAAAUAUCAAAGACACCUUAAAACUGACCUGCUCUGCUGAGUCUACACCAUCUGCCAGAUUUAGAUGGUUGCGUAAUGGUAUAGAAAUCCUCAGUAAUUCUGCUGAGUACGUUAGAGAAGAGGUUGAACUUUCUGAUAGUGGCAACUACUCCUGUCAAGCAUGGAAUAAUAUAACCGAGAGAACAUCAUCAUCAGUGGUGCAUGAAUUGACUGUAACAGAACCAUCAUCAGGAUUAUCUGCUGGUGCCAUCGCUGGAAUAGUAAUCGCAUGUUUUGUCCUUGUGGCUGCAGCUGCUGGUGGUGGAUACUUCUUUUAUAAGAAAAAAGGACCUCUGAAGAAAUCUACAAAUAGAGACACUUCCACUACAACAGGAGGCAACGCAGCUUCCUCGAGUCAGGAGCUGAACUAUGCAGAUGUCAGUUUUUUCCCAAAAAGAAAUGAUGGGAGAGUUCAGAUGGGUUUACAGAAUGAAUCCUCAAAUCAUGCUCAGGUUCAGGCAAACAACAGGGCUCCUGCAGCAUCCUCCCUCCCUACAUAUGACACCCAUGUGCACCAAGUGAGGAGGCCCGCUCCUCAGGCUGAUCCUAAUGCUGCAGAAACCUAUGCUCAGGUUCGCGUACGCUGAGUGUACUGGAUGUGAUAGAUUCAUAUCCAAGCAGGCCAGAAGCAGUCAAACACUCCAUUUAUUGUGGGCUAGCUUGGAGUUGAACUCCUGAGUCAAAGCACUUUAAAAGUAGUCAAUAAUCAACCAGCUCUGAAAUUUAUUGCCAUGGGAACAAUGUUUCCUUAUUACUUUGAGUAAACGGCAUAUCAUAGUGUUCCUGUUCUUGUGUUCAGCAUUUUCUUUGUACAGUGCAAAGUGCAGUUAUCUGAGCAGUGAUAUUCUUUUUAUUUGAUUCAGAUAUUUAUCUUUCACAGGCUUGUUGUAAUAUCAUGUGAUUUCAUACAAGAUUAUAAUUUGUGGCUAAAAGUAGUAGUGAAGUAGUAGUUCCAGCAACACUCCUGGAUGCUAUUUGAUGAUCAAUUUGAUGAUUCAUUAAUGUGUCAUUACCUUAGUUGGACUUAAGAUUACUUACUUAGAUUGAAGUAAAAUCCAUUUUCUCAUCCCUGCCAAUGAAAGGUCAGCAGUGACAAUAAUCAAUAAUAUUUCUGUUUUAAAAUCAUUGAAAAAGAUUUUGAAUGAUUCCAGACUUUCAAACAUUUUCUGGUGCUAUUGAGCAGGUUUAGGGAAACCAUCCAUUGCACACUAAACAACAGCCUGGAUCACAUUUCAGAAUGCUACUACAUCUUUGUUUAGUUACUCAGAUAAAUAAUAACAAGUGCUUUGACAUAUUCCCAUAUCAUUUAUUAUAAAUGUUAUGACUUUGGUACAAAAAAUAGGCACAUUUUAAACAAAAUAUUAUGUUUAUUAGGGGACUGUAGAUGUUUUUUCCUGGCACAAGUGAACCUAUGUGAUAAAUAUAGUUAUUGAUAUGUUUGAUAAGAAUGAGCUACUUUAUCAUUUAAAUCCCUUCAAAGUGCCUAGAUGACUUGUAUUGUCCUCAAAUUUUUUGCCAUGUUUCUCUUGUAUGUAAACAAUAACAGAUAUAAUAGAUAAUUCUGCCUAAAUACACAAAAACAGACAAUCAACAUUAGCUGUAAUGCAAGAUUUAAAUGCAUCAUCUCUUUGAUAAAAAAACAAACAGCUUAUUAUUCUACACUGGUCUUCCAAAAAACAAAACAAAACAAAAAACCCUGAAUGAAUAAAUAAAAUCUAGAAGCAGGUCAUACAAACUGCAAUGUAUAUCUCAUACUAUUGCUAAUGGGUAGCCAGUCUGCUCUCAUGUAAUUAUUCUUGCACUAUUUCCCACCUGAGUUAAAAGUGUCAAGGUCAAAUAAAGUACAAAAAUAAAAGAGAUAGUGUAUUAGUGCAUUGCAUCUGUUUGGAGGCGUGCCUUCACUUGCUUGCUUCAGCACCCCCAAAAAUGGGCUAGAAACGCCCCUGACGUAAGCAAUAAAUGCGUGACGGAGAUGACAAUUGUCCUUUUCUUCGUGUGCACUUUGUAACACGGAUAUUGGUGUAUUUAAAGACCAAGGCUUCAGUUAACAAAUAAGAGUAGUUUGUCUUAACUCUGGCUUUAAACUCAUUCAUUGUUUAACUGUGGACCAACAACACUUGUUAUUCACCUUUUCUAUUCAAUUCACUUCAGUUAAAAUCAAAUGUAUUAAUUCUGACUGUAUGUACAGUCUGUACUUUGGUCAUUGUUGGUCCUCGUGUGAAAUAAUAACUUUAGUUUAGAGCACAUGAAACCAUGAGAGAAGACCCCCUCCUAUUUUCAGUGUUUGUCUAGCGGUUAUCUCAGUUAGCCCCCUUUCCCUCCCCCCAUUAGUUACCCAUUAGUGAAGAUCAAGCUACAUUUGCAUUGCCCCUGUCGGUGUUUUAUGUCCAUUGAAAGCUGAUGUCUUUUUUUUCUGCCACAUGCCGAAAUAAAAGUGUAAUAAAUGUGUAACCAGUGUG